GCGAACGCAGAGCGCGCCAUUUAUAGGCGCCCAUCACCACACCCAUCCCUCUUCUUCAAAUGCUUAGCCAGCCAAUCGCACAGGCCCCCUGUUUCUUGUAUCUUCCUUCAUCGCUUCAGCAGCUCCGGUUCGUGGCUUUUCUUUUCUUGGGUGGGGAUAAGAUUGUGGCGUCAUUGCCGCCAUUACCCGCCCGGCCUCGCGUCGCGUCGCGGGCAGCAGUUUUGCCUUGCGCCGCCUCCUGCUCCUGUCCUUUUAAUUCUACUUGCUAUUUAUAAGGCAAGGUGAGUGCUUUGCUUUCCUGUCGCUGCGGCUCGUCUUCUUGCCGUGUUCUUCUCCUCCUUUCCUGUGGCUCCGGAGCUAGCUUGGUGCGUGCUCACAUGUCCGGCGUUGCCUGCGUGUGCUCAGCGAUCAUGUCGUCCGACAAGGUGGCCGCCAGGAAGGGCCGGCUCAGGCAGCGCUACGACAACGAGUACCGCCUCGUCGCAGGGUGCGUGCCGUACCGGGUGAAGAAGGACAAGGAGGGCAACCCGUGCAGCAGCCUCGGCGACGACGCGGCGGAGGUGGAGGUGCUCAUGAUCUCCACGCCUAACCGGGCCGACAUGGUCUUCCCAAAGGGCGGGUGGGAGGACGACGAGGACGUCUACCAGGCAGCAUGCCGCGAGGUCAUGGAGGAGGCCGGCGUCAAGGGCAUCAUCAACAGAGCUGCCUUGGGACACUGGGUGUUCAAGAGCAAGAGCAGCCAGAACAGCAACAGCCCCAGGGGAGCCUGCAAGGGCUACAUCUUCGCCAUGGAGGUCACCCAGGAGCUCGAGUCAUGGCCGGAGCAGGCCACCCACAGCCGGCGAUGGGUCUCCCCAGCCGAAGCCUACCAGCUCUGCCGGUACGACUGGAUGCGCGAGGCGCUCACGGCGCUGCUGGAGCGGCUAUCGGUGAUCGAGCUGGUGGAGGCGGCGCAGGAGCUGACCGACCAGGCCGGCAUGUACAUGAUGCUCCAGGCGACUUCAGAUGGCGCCGUUACGCUGUGCUGAUCAGAUGGUGGCUGCUGCUGCUGUGGAUAACUGAUGAACGUAGCUAGUAAUCUGCCUCCCCCGCCUUCAACUGCAAACAUGGCAACCAGAAGAAAACAAAAUCAGAUUCUCCAAUCAGUAAUCACUUGUUUAGACCACCUUCUCUUUUCUAAGAAGUUAGUGAUGAGGCUUCAGUACCUGUAAGAGUUGUCCUGUAACGUUGUCUCGUGUGGCACAACCAGUUGCAGCAAGCAUCAAGUAACAUGGAAUUGGUUCGCUUCAGAGGUCAGGGUGAAACAGCCCAUUUGCUUGAUCAAUCCAAUGCCGGCUGAUCACUGGGGGUUCCAGUGUAAUCCAAUGCUGCGGAGGGCAUGGUAGCCCAGUGGCAAGACUCAUGAGCAAGUUGAAGCCGACGGGGCUCGAUCCCCCAUCCCCGCACCCACCUCUUGUAAAAAGGCUCCAAUGAAGCCUCCGGGUAAAAGAGGUCCCGGUAAAAAAAAAAUGUUAAAAUGGGAUGACGACUUGUCCAUGCCUUGUGUCUGUAAAUGCCCUUAAUAUCCUUACAUGU